AUGUCAGGAAGACCCCGAGGCCGGCCGCGCAAAUCAGGACCACCGGCCACCAAUUCCUCUUUUUCAAAGGUUCCCUCGGUGGAAAUCAACUCCAAGCCAAACUCGACCAAAAAACGCCCAUUGUCCGAGUCCGAGACUCCUCUGGGAACGACAUCCCCAGCAACAGCCACAGCCACAGCCACAGCGACUCCGGGCAGCCGCAGCUCAAAGAGACUCAAGGAAUUGUCUGCUUCUACUACUGCUCAGAAGCCGUCAUCAAAAACGACACCAACUAGAAGCAAAUACUUCCAACAUGACGACGACGAAGAAGAUGACGAUGAGCCAGAAACUGAAACUGCCGACGAGGUCGAGAACUCCGGGUACGAAGACGAAGAUGCGUCCGUGACUGAAGACGACCCGUCCUCCGACAGUGAGAGUGACAGUGACGGUUUCGACGACGACAGUGAGGUCGAGGGCAGCGGGGCGAAGAAACGGAAACGCCUCCCCAAGAAACAGAACAAAUCUAAGACUACCACUACUACUAUCAACGACAACAAAGAACUCUGGAGACCCGGGGUCAAAACGGGCCUGGGUCCAGGGAAAGCCGUCUUCAUUGAAAAGCCCAAGCCCAGAGGAGACGGGGGCAUCAAAUACGUCCCGCACAAGAUCCACCCCAAUACCAUGGCUUUCUUGAAAGAUCUCAGGAAUCAUAAUGAUAGGGAAUGGUUGAAGAUGCACGAUGCCGAUUACAGGCAAUCUUGGAAAGACUGGGAGAGCUUUGUGGAAUCACUGACGGAAAAGAUCUCUGAGAUUGACGAGACAAUUCCUGAACUUCCGCCAAAAGACCUGGUCUUCAGAAUCUAUCGAGAUAUCAGGUUCUCGUCUGAUCCUACGCCCUACAAGCCCCAUUUCUCGGCUGCAUGGUCCCGAACGGGGCGGAAGGGCCCCUAUGCAGGUUACUAUGUCCAGAUCAAGCCCGGUGGCAAGAGUUACGUCGGCGCUGGCUUAUGGUCGCCCGAAGCACAAGCGCUAGCACUCAUUAGAGCUGAUAUUGACAGAAAGCCCAAAAGGCUCCGGCGGAUCUUGACGGAUCCUCGGAUGCGAAAAGAGAUAUUAGGAGGGAUCCCAAACGACGAGGCUAAAGCAAUCAAGGCUUUUGCCGCUCAAAAUUCGGAUAACGCCCUAAAAACCAAGCCCAAGGGAUACGAAGCCAACAAUCCCAAUAUUGAGUUACUUCGCUUGCGGAAUUUCACCCUAGGCAAGCCAAUCCCGGACGAAGUGGUGGUGAGUGAGCAAGGAUUGCAAAAGAUCGUCGAGUUGAUUGGUGUGAUGGUACCAUUUGUUACCUAUCUUAAUAGUGUGGUCAUGCCCGAUGAGGACGAUGAGGACGAGUCCAGCAGUGGUGAGACAGAUGCUUGA